AUGAACUUAUCUCUCCAAGACCCCUUCACUGUCGCCAAGGAGUAUCCAGACACCCUAGUUCAAACGUUCCAGUACGGUCAUUCGGUGACCAUUCAGUUCAACGCCAAAGGCGACUACCUAGCCUCAGGUCUAAGUGAUGGAACCAUCGCCAUUUAUGACCUCGUCAGCAAUGGACUCAUAGCCAUUCUAUCGCGUGGCGGACACACGCGCUCCAUCACGUCACUCAAAUGGUCCCAUUGCGGCCAGUACUUGCUCUCGUCAUCCCAGGACUGGAGCUGCAUAGUCUGGGACUUGAGUCAGGCCAACAAUGAAACAUUUGAAGAGAAUCCUGCUGUUUUGCAUAAGGUCCAAUUCGACAGCCCAAUUUGGCAAGCCCUGUUCCAGCCUCACACACAUACGGCAUUCACGGCAUCUAUCUUUGAUGAAGAUCCCGUGUAUGUGGAUUUCUCCACUGGAGAGCAGAAAAUCACAAAGCUACAGACAGAACCAGUGGUGGAAGGAGAUGAUGACGACGAAGAUGACCCGAAAAAGAGAGACUCUAAGCAUCGCACCCUUGUCACCAGCUUCAUGCCUCUGGGUGACUACGUGAUCACGGGAACCAGCAAGGGUUGGCUCAAUGUGAUCAGUACGGCGACUUUCAAGACAGUGCAUCUGGUGAAAAUUACCAACAGUAACAUCAAAACGCUCGAGAUUUCUUCUAACGGACGCAAGUUGGCCGUCAACUCGUCUGACAGAAUCAUUCGUCAGAUCAAUUUGCCAGACAUGCUCAAUAACGACCAGCCAGACCUGUGGGAAUUUGAGAUCGAGCAACGUUACCAGGAUGUUGUCAACCGUCUCCAGUGGAAUACGGUGGCUUUCAAUCACAAUUCUGAAUUUCUUGUGGCAUCCACCUUUGGCCAGAGCUCUCAGGAUUUGUAUGUUUGGGAGACUCAAAUGGGAUCACUUAUCAAGAUUUUAGAAGGUUCGCACGAAGAGCUCAUCGACGUCAAGUGGAACUACAGCAAGUGCAUGAUUGGAUCUACGGGGCUCGAUAGUGGAUCUGUAUACCUUUGGCUGGUGCAAUUCCCCCUGAAAUGGAGUGCAUUGGCACCAGAUUUUGUUGAGAUUGAAGAAAAUGAAGAAUAUGAAGAGAAAGAAGACGAAUUUGAUGUCAUUGACGAGACAGAUCUCUUAAAAAAGAGAAUGGAAGAAGAAGAUACGUUUGUGGAUGUGAUUACGUGUGAAGCAACCGAUGCCAGGGGUUUCGACACACAAAUCGAAUCGUUUGUGAUACCUAUAAAUUAUGAGAAGGCCAUAUGA